CCCUGGGGACCCCCCCUUCCUGCAGGUGCCCAGCCACCUCCCGCCAUGUCGGCCCCGGAAGCCUUCCCGCUGCACCUCCUGGUCUGGAACAACGACUACCGGCAGCUGGAGAAAGAGCUGCAGGGCCAGAACGUGGAGGCGCUGGACCCCCGAGGCCGUACGCUGCUGCAUCUGGCCGUGUCGCUGGGGCACCUGGAGUCGGCGCGUGUCCUGCUCCGGCAUAACGCGGAUGUGACGAGAGAGAACCGCGAGGGCUGGACAGUUUUACACGAGGCCGUGAGCACCGGCGACCCCGAGAUGGUGCACACAGUACUGCAACACCGAGACUACCACAACACGUCCAUGGCCCUGGAGGGCGUUCCCGAGCUGCUGCACCGGAUUCUGGAGGCCCCAGAUUUCUAUGUGCAGAUGAAGUGGGAGUUCACCAGCUGGGUGCCCCUGGUCUCCAGAAUAUGUCCCAACGAUGUCUGCCGCAUCUGGAAGAGCGGCGCCAAGCUACGCGUCGACAUCACCCUGCUGGGGUUCGAGAACAUGAGCUGGAUCAGAGGGCGACGCAGCUUCAUAUUCAAGGGGGAAGACAACUGGGCGGAGCUGAUGGAGGUCAACCAUGACGACAGAGUGGUCACCACGGAGCACUUCGACCUCUCGCAGGAGAUGGAGCGCCUGUCUCUGGACAUGAUGAAGCCCAGGAGCAGGGAGGUGGAGAGGCGACUCACCAGCCCCGUCAUCAACACCAACCUCGACACCAAGAACAUCGCCUUCGAAAGAACCAAAUCCGGAUUCUGGGGCUGGAGAACAGAUAAAGCGGAAGUUGUUAAUGGUUACGAAGCAAAGGUUUACACGGUGAAUAACGUGAACGUGGUCACCAGAAUCCGCACCGAGCACCUGACUGAGGAGGAGAAGAAGAGAUACAAAGCGGACAGGAACCCGCUGGAGUCUCUGCUGGGAACGGUGGAGCACCAGUUUGGCGCCCAAGGGGACCUCACCACAGAAUGCGCCACCGCCAACAACCCUACAGCCAUCACCCCUCACGAGUACUUUGAUGAAGAGUUUGACCUCAAAGACAGGGACAUCGGAAGGCCCAAAGAGCUGACCAUCCGGACACAGAAGUUCAAGGCCACCCUGUGGAUGUGCGAGGAGUUCCCGCUGUCGCUGGUGGAGCAGGUCAUCCCCAUCAUCGACCUGAUGGCCCGGACCAGUGCCCACUUUGCCAGGCUGAGGGAUUUCAUCAAACUGGACUUCCCACCAGGGUUCCCUGUCAAGAUAGAGAUCCCCCUGUUCCAUGUCUUGAACGCGCGGAUCACCUUUGGGAACGUCAACGGCUGCAGCACUGCUGAAGAAGCGCCUCCAAACGCGGAGGCCCAGACGGACGCAGCCUCCCAGGUGACCAACUUCGAGGUGGAUCAGUCCGUGUUUGAAAUCCCAGAGUCGUAUCACGUGCAGGACAACGGCAGGAACAUGCACCUGCAGGACGAGGACUAUGAGAUCAUGCAGUUCGCCAUCCAGCAGAGCUUGCUGGAGUCCAGCCGCAGCCAGGAACUGUCCGGACCAGCCUCUAACGGAGGGAUCAGCCAGAUGCGGGCCUAUGACGACCAGUACAAGAGGGCCAUCCAGGAGAGCCUGCUGAGCAGCUCGGAGAGCCUGUGCCCCAGCGUCUCCGGUGAGACGAGCAGCUUCGACAGCGACCUGCAGCUGGCCAUGGAGCUCUCGGCCAAGGAGCUGGAGGAGCGGGAGCUGCGGCUGCGGGAGGAGGAGGCCGAGCUCCAGCAGGUGCUGCAGCUGUCUCUCACCGACAAGUAGACCUGCCCACCGCGGGGCCGGGGCCGGCGGGUCCCACCUCCGGGCUAAAGGGAGGAGAGCGUCGCCACUUUCCAUGAGCUGUGUCGGCUUGCAGGUCACAUUCUACCAGCUUUAGGCGAGCCCCCGAUGCCCGCAGGUUUCCAGGCCUGUUUUUAUCGAGGGGUGGUUGUCACCAAGCAAGCUAUGCUGAGUCAGGGUGCUUGCCUAGCUGCGAGCCGCAGCCUUCGCCUUCGCGGAGUGUGGCUGGGGAGCCCAGAUACUUCCUCACAGUUCACCAAAGAAACGGAUAACCUGUGCCGGUCUUUGUCCUCCAGCAUCUCUAGACCACCCCCCCCCCCACCGCCACUGGCCCUCCUCAUCCUCGUCCACUUCCUCCCUUCCACCUCAGCUGAGGCAGGAAGGAGGUGCGUACAGGAUCUCACUAUUAGGUUGGUUGACGACUCCAUCAAGAAGCUACACAGAUGUUGCCUUAGCCUUAAAGCUUACAGAUGGCUGCAGGCCACCUCACUCCACUUCCGGGGGGAUCUGAUUUGAAUUGGUAAAGGCAGUUUCCUUUGAGUGCAGGCUCCUGUGGGCCACAGCCAAGGCAGCUAACCUCGGCCCUCAAGGGCCUGUGAGAGCCUGAGGCUGCUUCCUGAAGCGGGAACUCUGGCAGGCAAAAACAUCACGACAGCCAGACCCAGGUGUGCGGCCUUCUGUGAGCGGCCCAGGCAGCCCUGCUCCAGGCCCAGGACUCGUGGGCGCGGGACAGUAAGAGAACCAGGAGGCGGCCUCGGCGGCUCUGUGUUCAAAAGGAUUUCACAUUGCUUUUUAGAGUUCAAAUCAACAUCUUUUGUGGAUGAAUAUAUUUUUGAACGGAAUCUUUUUAUUAUUUUUAAAAGAGAUUUAAACAAUAAAAAGCCAAAACCCCGACUAUUCCCCGUCAGUAGCAAUACAAGGUUAUAUACGUUUUAACCAGGUUUUCUCAGGCCUUUCUUGGAUACCUUUAAUAGUUGACCAUUUUGCCUACGGCUCUGUAAAUCCCGUCACGGCACACACAACCCUGGGACCUGCAGCAAGGACCCGUCCCGUCCCCACCCUGACACACUAGCCGCCUCUGCUGCGUCUGUCCCCUGCCCGCCGGCUUGGGAGACAGGGACCGUCCCAGCUGCCGUCUGGAUCGCGCGCUUCGGUGGCCGGCAGCCCACUCCUAGAGGGGAAGAAUCCUGCUUCUGACUCCUCGCCACCAUCUGCUUUUUCUGUCCUGGUCUGACCAAAAUCUGUUCCCUGCGCACGAGGCCAGUUCGCGACGCCUUCUACCUGGGCGAGGAGCCGACUUGCUGAGGUGGAUCGUGGGUAACUCGUGUGCCUGUAUCCCAUGGCUCACUCCCAAGUCCUUGACUUUCUGGAUGGAAGUCAGUUAAAAAAGGAGCUGAGCCCCUCACUGACCUGCCGCGGGCCUUUUCACCUUUGUGUUCUCUCUUCAAAUGCAAAUAAAGAUUGCUUCCUUCGCAGGUGCUCUCACA